AUGGCAAGAUGGGACAAGACGCAUAUGGUGGUCGACUUCAGAGUCGGGGAGAAAAUCCAUACAGAUGUGGUAGUCGGUGAGGAAAAAGUAGUCUUGGCGAAGUACAGUGGUGUCACCGAUGCUAUGAAGGAAGAUAGGAGAUUAGAUGGCCGUAAGAGAACCCUCGAGAUGGCAGGGAGGAGGUCGAGGCUCUGUCUCUCCAAAGGCAGAGACAAUGGUGGUUCUGGCUCUUCCGGCACCUCGCGGGUGGCUCGCAAGGGCCACUUCGCGGUGUACACACGGGAGGGGCGGCGGUUUGUGGUGCCGAUAGCGUACCUGAAGAGCAACAUCUUCCAGGAGUUGUUCCGGAUGUCGGAGGAGGAAUACGGGGUGCCGGUCGGCGACCGCCCCAUCACGCUGCCGUGUGACGCGGCCUUCAUGGAGCACGUCGUGGCCUCGCUCAGGGACGGGCGCUGGAAGAAGCCGUGCGCCGCUCCAUUUUUCCUAACCAGAGCCUGA